GCAAAAACAGCGCAUGAAAUCCGUUAUUCGAUGCUCCUGUCUCAGAUAUUUACAAUAGGAUUUUUCCCAUCACCGCUGCGCUCAUUCUGAGGAUUUUUUUCUCAACCGAAUCAGACCAAAUAUUUUUCAUCUACGCAGCACUUUGGUGACGCUAUUCUGUUCCAUAACCGGUGCGUCUUAACCAUACUGUCCGUCGGUGUUACCUUCACAUAAAUACAUCCUGCGGAAGAAGUUUACCAUCGGAGAGGACCCACCACACAUUUCCCUGGGAUAAUACUCUUCGAGCGACCUCUCUCUCCCCCACCUCUCUCUCUCUCUCUUCCUCUGUCCCUCCCUCCCUCUCUCACGCUCUUUACUGGCGAUUCAGACUAAUAAGCAGUUGCCGCCGAGAUGUCAGCCCCAGAUGCCGGAGCACCUGCAGAGGGGGAGGGGGGAGCACCCGCCGCACCCCCCAACCUGACCAGCAACCGCAGGCUGCAACAGACACAGGCCCAAGUCGAUGAGGUGGUGGACAUCAUGCGAGUGAACGUGGACAAGGUGCUGGAGAGGGACCAGAAGCUGUCUGAGCUGGACGACAGGGCAGACGCACUGCAGGCCGGAGCCUCACAGUUCGAGAGCAGCGCCGCCAAGCUGAAGAACAAAUACUGGUGGAAGAACAUGAAGAUGAUGAUCAUCAUGGGAAUUAUGGGAAUCAUCCUCCUGGGAGUCCUCUUCAUGUACUUCUACUACUGAGCUGGUCUCUCGGUGGCCGAGCACAAGGUUGACCAGCGGCAUCUGAUCGACAGCAGAGCCCGACGGAGCCUUGUGCGACGUCCUCUCACCCUCUUCCUCCCAAAGCUCCUCUCCUCCACUCUUGUCUCUCCCUCUCUCCCUCUCCUCCCUCCCAUCCCUCCCUCCAAACUCUCACCGAUGCCUUCUCAUCACAACAAAGCAGCGCGUAUGGAUGCGGUGCCUCCUCCCACAUCUCUCUCUCUCUCUCUAUCUCUUCUCUUCCUCUCUCAAUCUAUGUGACUACUGUAAAAAAAAGAAGAAAACAAAGAAAAAAAGAAAAGAAAACAAAAGAGCCCCUUCCUCUUUCCUCUAUAUGAUUAGUAAUGUAGUGCCCAGCCCUACGUUUCUUUUUUUAUAUUGUUUUUUGUUUUUGUUUUGGAAUUUUGUUUUUGAUAGAGGAAGUUGGUGUAGAGGUUUGUUUUAGAAAAGGGAAUGCCAUGUGGAUCUCUAUGUACAGCUGUAGAUUCAUAGUUGUCCCCUCUCGAAAGUUACGUGUUGUAAGAAGAAGGCAUGCCAUUGGCUCCUGUGUGUAUACCUGGCCCAAUCCCGUGAGAGAGGGGGAGGGUACAAUAUAAUGACCAGAGCAAACAGACAGAGCCUGGGUGAUAGAGUGGUGAGCGAGAUGACUCGAGAAUCAUUCAGGAUGUCAUUAGCCAAAGCAUACUUCUGAGUGCAAGUAGAAAUGCUCCUGAUCCUGCCCCGGGAGCCUGAGCAAAAUUGAUUUAGUCACAGAGAAAACAACAGGGAAAAAAAACAGUUCAAAAGUUUUAACUGGUUGUCAGUUGAAGUGUUAUCACAUGAUACCAAAUUUGCAUCCCUUUCUCAUUUGAGAGUCAGGAAAAUAAGAGAGGUACGCUAAAUGACAGGUGGGCUAGAUGGGAGAAAUGGUGACUGACGUCAUUCUGUUUAGAUGAGACUUGACACUUUUUGGGGCAUAAAAACAAGAAAGGUUUCAGACAUGUACCACUACUACUCGUAGUUCGUAAUCAUUUUAGUGUUUAGAUUGUCUCAUUCAAUAAAUGAUGGCUUGGACACACACUCUUAAAAACAUAUUCCAAGUAUUGAAAGGGCAUCCCCAGUGUAUUAUUCCAUGGCCACAGUUUCCAGGUAUCCUCCUGCCUACCAGUCAUUAAAAUGAUGGGCAUUGGUUACAGAUAGAGUCUCUUGUUUUGAAUCUUUAUGAAAAGUAGCAUUCUAGCUUCAGGUGUCUGUGUACGUGUGUUUAAUUUGUAAUGUACAGUGUACAGGGCGAAAAGAUAGGUUUGGAUGUUGGGCAAAAUAGCACUGCGUGCCAUAGAGAGUCGUCCCUUUUCGAUUGCGUGUUGUUCAGGACCUAACCAAUGAGUCUUAACUGACCCUCAGAGUGUUCCCUCUCUCCCAUCAAUACUUGGAUUUGGGGUGGCACCCAACGUGUGUGUGUGUGUGUGUCUGUGCUCUGUAUGUGUGUUUGUGAGUUUGUUUGUGUGUGUGUGUGUGUGUCCGUGAAGCUUGCAAAAGGCGACUCUCUAUCACACACAUUCCCUUUUUGCCUCGCUUAAUUGUUCCACACCGAAGUCCACAACUUAUGCAAAUAACUUAUUGUUCGGUUAACAUUAACAGAUGUUAUCUGCAAAAUAUGUUUUUGUGAACAAAAAUGCACGUUCAACAAAGUCAAUUUUAAAGAGAUGGGAAAAAUGCAAAAUGUGAUGAGAACAUGCUGAAGUUAUAUGAAUAUUGCACUCUUAACGGGUUGUCACCAUGCAAUGUGCGACUGAAAAGCCAAUAAGAACACGGAUCAGUUUCGGCUUGAAAGAUUCUUCUGAGAAAGCUGCUAAAUUGUGGUUCUUUAAAAAGCAUGUCUGUUUGCAUAUCAUUCUAAUAAAGUGGUA